AUGUACAGUGAGCAACAGACUCCUGUUACCACCGAUAGUGACUGGUAUAUAAAUAGCACGCUCAACGGUACGUUUAUGCGCAUGGUCUAUGGUGUUUCACUGAGUGCGAGGGUGUGGCCAGAUGGGGCUGCAGAUGACGAGAAUUUGGAAUACGUUUAUAUAGGAGGGCUGAUGACAUUCUCGCACAA